GCAGGUGGCGCUAGGCAAAAUGGCGCAUUCGGCUGAGUUGCGUUUCGUUGUGCUUGAAGUAAAAUAAUUGUAUUCCACUGUGUCUUAUUGUACGUUAUGUAGAUCUGUGGGUGUCUUAUAACCACAGAUGAAAAUCCCCGUGCCUCUAAUAUGUCGACCGUUAUAGCUUCUGCCAGUCCUGCCAAGAACACCAACGAAGAUAUCUCAUGUUUACAGCUGAGUGACAGUACGCUUGCUACAGCAUCGCCAGCCGAUGACAGAAACUUCCAAGAAUUCAAACAUAGGAUCUCAACAUUUUCUGAUAACUUUGGCACUCUUUCAAAAUGGUUCUGCAAGCCUCUUGAGCUUUCUCCGCCGGAAUGCGCAAAAUUUGGAUGGACAUGUUCGUCUGCAGAUAUGUUAGUGUGCAGUUCAUGCAAAAAGUACCUUCACUGCAAGAUCUCAGCUUCGCUAAGCAACCAACUUCGCACUAGGCAUGUAAAAGAGCUGGUUCGAUCACUCAAGGAAGCCCAUGUUAAGCACUGUCCAUGGAAGGUCGCACCGUGUCCAGAAUCGUACACCAUCAUGCCACAGCUACUCCGGAAAGAUGCAUUGUCGCAGUUCCGUGGACGGUUUGAAACAUUGUUACGUCUCAGUGACAAGUUGCCUGCACCAGAAAUGCAGAAUGUAGAGAAGCAGAUUGUUCCCGAGUAUGUAACAGAGCUGAUAACAUUGUGCCACGCUGAGGACAAUGCCAUAUCAAGGUCUGCUGCAGUGCUUGCCAUACUCGGGUGGAAGGCAGGUUUAGUGUGUCCAACACGCAAGUACAUAGCCUGCGAUUUCUGCCAGCGGAGUACGGGCACCUGGUUCUACCUGUCUGUUACCGAAAGCAAGUGCGUCGAUAAAAACGCUGGAAUGUGCGGAGGAGAUACAGCAGACUCACCAGUGUGCACCCAAAAGGACACAAUAGUAGACGGCAAAGAUGCAGAUAAAGAAAAAGUGUGUGGUGGAGUGAAACGGAAACACGAUGGAGAAGAGAAGUUUAAUCCACUCAGUGAACAUUUUGCAUGGUGUAUCUGGAGGAGAGCAAAUGCAUCUAACAAACAAGGAUGGGAAGUUUUUCUGGAGAGUCUCUUGCACAACAUUGCAUCCAGCAAGUCAUCCGGAGAUUCCUUACCAGUGGGUGAUGUAUAUGUCCAGGUGCACAAAAUCCUUGCUGUUCUGGCACAGUAACGGUCCAUACUGCUACCUUCAAAUAUCAUAACCUCAUCUUUGUACAAAUAAAUUGUAUAACGUUGUGCAAGUUGUGCACACAAGUUUGGACCUGCA